AUGGAUGAGUUCCUCUGGAGAAAUCACAGCUCCCUUACUGAGUUCAUUCUUCUAGGGUUCUCUAAUAACCAAAAGAUAAAUGUUAUUUUAUUCAGUAUCUUUCUCUUCCUCUACCUCAUCACCCUCCUAGGCAAUGGGUUCAUUAUUACCUUGAUACGCAUGGAUUCCCGCCUCCACACACCCAUGUACUUUUUCCUCAGUGUCCUAUCCAUCCUGGACAUAGGCUAUGUCACCACCACGGUGCCUCAAAUGCUGGUGCAUCUGGUUUGUGAGAAGAGGACUAUCUCCUACGUUGGAUGUGUAGCCCAGAUGUACAUCUUUCUAAUGCUAGGAAUCACUGAAUCUUGGCUUUUUGCCAUCAUGGCCUAUGAUAGGUAUGUGGCCAUUUGCCAUCCCCUCAGGUAUAAAGUCAUCAUGACCCCUUCUCUGUGUGGGUCAAUGGUGGCUUUUUGUGGGUUCUGGGGUAUCAGCUGCGCCCUGAUAUACACUGUCUCUGCUAUGAUUCUUCCCUAUUGUGGCCCCAAUGAGAUCAAUCACUUCUUUUGUGAAGUGCCUGCUGUCUUGAAGUUGGCCUGUGCAGACACAUCUCUCAAUGAUCAGGUGGAUUUCAUUCUGGGCUUCAUACUUCUGUUGAUUCCACUGUCCCUCAUCAUCAUUGUCUACAUCAAUAUCUUUGCUGCCAUCUUGAGGAUCCGGUCAACCCAAGGGCGGCUCAAGGCCUUCUCCACUUGUGCCUCCCACAUCACUGUGGUCACUAUGUUCUCCAUCCCAUGUAUGGUUAUGUAUAUGAGACCCGGCUCUGAGUCAUCCCCAGAAGAGGAUAAAAAGCUGGCUCUCUUCUACAAUGUCAUCUCGGCAUUCCUCAACCCCAUCAUUUACAGCCUCAGGAACAAAGACGUAAAGAGGGCUUUCCUCAAGGUGUUAGGCUGGGGGACAGUGUCAGAAUGAAGUCGUGGUACCAGCAAGUACCAGCAACCAAACUAGGGACACAGCUUAUAUGACUUCUUCAUUCGAAUUCCUUCUAUCAUCCAGUGGGAACACAUGAAAUAUUAAUGGGAUAGAAUAAGUGAAAUUAUGUAUGGGAAACUAUGACAGUAGGUGCCUCUCAACAAGAGAACUCUACACAGUAGAUUUCAUAAUGUUAGAUCUCAUAUCUGACUCAUCUCUGUGUCAUAAGUUAAU